AUCUCCAACUGCUCCGGUUGUGAAGAGUCAAAUAGUUAAACAAAAAACAGGGAUUACCAGUUGGAAAAAAAAGGCAUGUUGGUUCCAUGAAUUUUACAGGUUCAUGGAGGCCAAGUGUUUUAAAUCGAUGGCUCUUGUUUUCUUCCUGUUCAUUGGGUUAGCAUCGUCAGAUGUUCCAUAUCUAAGACAAGGUUCAUCUUUGUCCGUGGAGAAUCCAGAUGAUGUUUUGGUAUCCGCAAAUGGCAUGUUCUCUGCUGGUUUUUCCCCCGUCGGCCAAAACGCUUAUUGCUUCGUCAUCUGGUUCAGCAAGCCCUGCCGGGACGGCAGUCGUACCUUUGUUUGGACGGCGAACCGGGAUACCCCCGUUAAUGGAAAGCGGUCCAAGCUUUCCUUACUCAAAACCAACAAAAUCAUCCUAACUGAUGCUGAUGAGGAUCCGACCAUAAUCUGGAUGAGCAACAACACUGUUAAAAUGAAAGACUCGUGGUCACAGUUGAAACUCCUUGAUUCAGGUAACCUCGUCCUCCAAACUCGAACCAAUCUUACUCUUUGGCAAAGCUUCGAUUCACCAACUGAUACACUUCUCCCUGGACAACCACUCACUCGACACAAACAGCUCGUAUCAGCACGAAGCCGAACCGAUUAUUCUUCAGGCAAAUACAAGUUGUUGUUUGACAAUGAUAAUGUUCUUCGUCUCGUCUUGGAUAAUCCCGAGACAUCCAGCAUCUACUGGCCGGAUUCUACGAUGUUGGACUACCACCAGGGAAGAACUAGAUACAAUGAUUCCAAAAUCGCAGUGUUGGAUUCUUCAGGCUAUUUUUUAUCUUCUGACAAUACAGAGUUCAGAUCAGCUGAUUUCGGUUUUGGACCUUUGAGAAGAUUAACGCUUGAUUUUGAUGGUAACCUUAGAUUAUACAGUCUUGAAGAACAACAAGGGGUUUGGUUUGUAACAUGGCAAGCUAUGUCCAACUCCUGUAGGAUUCACGGGGCCUGUGGACCGAAUAGUAUAUGUAGCUAUGAUCCUGGUUCGGGCCCCAAGUGUGGUUGUCCUCCAGGGUUCAAGAUGAAGAACCAAAGGGAUUGGAACGAUGGGUGCGAACCGGAGUUUGAACUUUCAUGCAACAAUCAUGAUUUCAACUUUGUCGAACUCCGUCAUGUUAAUUUCUUUGGUUACCAUCACGAUAUCCUCAGGAAUUACACCUUCCAGGAGUGUGUCAAGGAUUGCUUGGUUUCAUGUUGUAAAGCUUUUCAAUAUCGAUAUUUUCCGGAAGAUGGUAGGUAUCGCUGUUAUUCAAAAUGGGAAUUGCGUAAUGGUCAUCGUUACAAUAGCUACGUUGGAACCCUUUACUUGAAACUCCCGAAAUCAUUCCCUUACGACAAACCUGUUGAAGACUUAAAGUUAAAUUGCUCCAACAUGCAGACAAAACAGCUUGAAACAUCUUAUGUUAAGAAAACUGGACACGGAUCAUUGAAUGUUAUUAUUUGGUGCGCUUCUAUAAUAGGGUUGCUUGAGAUGAUCUGCGUCUCUCUAGUGUUUUUUUUCUUGUAUAAAACAGGGAAAAGUCCAGACGCAUUGUCGACGAUGGCCACAUCCCGGUACCUCGUCGCUCCAACUGGCUUCAAAAGAUUCACAUAUGGUGAGUUGAAAAGGGCAACGAGGGGUUUUCGUGAAGAGAUCGGGCGAGGAGGAGGUGGGGUGGUGUACAAGGGAGUUUUGCCCGAUCAACGAAUUGCAGCCAUUAAACGACUUAACGCCGAAGCUCAUCAAGGAGAGGAUGAAUUUCUUGCAGAAGUAAGCACAAUCGGCAGGCUUAACCACAUGAACUUGAUUGAGAUGUGGGGAUACUGUGCAGAGGGGAAGCACAGGCUUCUGGUGUAUGAAUACAUGGAGAAUGGAUCGUUAGCAGACAACCUCGUGAACAAUUCACUCGAUUGGAAGAAAAUUUUUGAAAUCGCUGUGGGCACCGCCAAAGGGUUGGCUUAUUUGCAUGAAGAGUGCUUAGAAUGGGUCUUGCACUGUGAUGUCAAGCCUCACAACAUACUGUUGGAUUCUGCCUAUCAUCCUAAAGUAUCAGAUUUCGGGCUAUCCAAAUUGCUGGCAAGGGACAGUCCCAGAGAGUCGAGCUUCUCAAAGAUCAGAGGAACAAGAGGGUACAUGGCGCCCGAGUGGGUUUACAAUCUUCCCAUCACUGCCAAAGUCGACAUAUACAGCUAUGGGAUUGUGCUAUUGGAAAUGAUAACAGGGAAGAAACCAGGUGUGGGCGUCCCCGUUGUUGGAACCAAUGGAGAGAAAUGGCGGCAGAGGUUAGAAACUUGGGUCAAAGGGAAGAAAAUUGGAGCUUCUGGAACAACUUGUUGGGUUGAAGAGGUAUUGGACCCUGCCAUAGGCGACGAUUGUGACAGAAAUGAAUUGGACAAGGUAAUAGAGGUGGCUAUCAAAUGUACAGAAGCUGAUAGACAUCACAGACCAUCAAUGAGCCAAGUAGUUCAAAUGCUUGCGGGGGAUCAAAUUAAUGCUCACUGCCUACCAUCUUUUCAAUAAUCUUUCAACAUAUAUUACAUUUUCUUUUAGUUUCGAUUGGUUAUGUCAUUCGAUUGUGCUGUGG